UGUAUGAAAGUUGUGUCCAAAUACAUUUUUUUUUGGUAACUGAAAACAACAUAGAAAAGGAUGCCAUGUAUUUAGUGAUUCUAUCUUAUAAAGGGUUUAGAAUUUCUACUACCGGUUCUUAAGAUUAGCUCUUACUUUCACUCUGAUUUGGAGAGAGAUAUCGAAACGAUGCCGUGCCUCAAUCUCUCCACCAACGUCAACCUUGACGGCGUCGACACCUCUUCCAUCCUCUCCGAAGCCACCUCCACCGUCGCAACCAUCAUCGGAAAACCUGAGUCCUAUGUGAUGAUUGUCCUGAAAGGAUCAGUACCCAUAUCUUUUGGUGGGACUGAGCAGCCAGCAGCUUAUGGAGAAUUGGUGUCCAUUGGCGGUCUUAACCCGGAUGUGAACAAGAAACUAAGUGCUGCAAUUUCUGCAAUUAUCGAAACCAAGUUGUCUGUGCCCAAGUCACGAUUCUUCUUGAAAUUCUAUGACACCAAGGCCCAUCAGAGUCAAGAAUAUGCACAGUGUUUGCAUGCUUUACAUCAGCAAUAGAUCAUGGUUCCAACUUUGGAUGGAACGGUUCUACAUUCUGAAUUCCAUGUUAGUUUGGUUACUCAUGGUGUCAUGAAUGUUGGAUGGAGUCUUCAUUAUGUUCCGUUUCUACUUAUGUGUCUAUAUUUGAUGUCAUAACAUUAGUACUUAAGGUUUCUGGUGGUCUAAGCGAGUCAUGCAGUCAAUUUGGUCAAUUGUAGGGUCAAAUGGUGAUUAUGUGUGGUUAUCGUUCUUUUGGACAAACAUUAUCCGGCAUCAUUUUAAAUGGACAUUUGUAUUGAUGAUGCAUGAUCAAUUAAACAUGAUUCCUAGAUGAAAUACCUGUCUGUUGCUUAUCAAUAUGAAGCCAUAAUAGUUUUAUCUA